UAAGCAGAGGGUUGUUGUGAGUCACUGGGCUUGGUAAGAUCAAAAGAGACAACUUGUGUGUCUGUUCAACGUGUCCUCUCACAGCGCCCCACAGCAACCCCGACAUGUGUUUCACCUCUAAGGCGCAGGACUGUGCGUGACCAAGGGUGCAUAAAGCGAAAGGACAUGCGCUCGCCCCUGGAUGCGGGCUGCUAAAGUCGAGCCACUCCACUCCGCGUUUUGCCCUGCCCUUGUGCGCUCUGCUCGCUGUGCAGCGCGCGUCUCCGAUGCAUUUUGCCUCCCUCUCGCUGUCAUAAAGACAGGACAGCUGUGCGAGAGAGAAGUUGUUGCCACGCCGAGCACCAGCAGGUUGCCGCGUCUUCACCAGGAUCCUUUCGCCCUCACGGAGUAUAUAGUCUGGACUUCUUUCUUUUCCAAGGGAAGAUGAGGCGGACGCAUCAGUAUCUAAAGAUUUCACUGAUGUGUGCGAUGUGGAGACUGCAGGUCACCUUAUGUACUCUGUCGGUGCUGUCCCUGUCAUCUGCUGGAGAAAGCAAAGCGCGGAGCUGUAGCGAGGUUAGACAAGCUUAUAGCGCGAAAGGAUUCAGCCUCUUCCAUGUACCUCAUCAGGAAGUAUCAGGUGAGCACCUUCGUGUCUGUCCUAAGGGUUACACCUGCUGCACAUCUGAGAUGGAGGACAAACUCAGCCAGCAAAGCAAGCAGGAGUUUGAGAUUAUGGUCGAAGAAAGCAGCCACAACAUGAGAACAACAUUCAUCUCCAGGCAUAAAAAGUUUGACGAGUUUUUCUUGGAGCUGCUGGACAACUCUGAAAAAUCUCUCAACAGUAUGUUCACAAAGACAUACGGGAAGCUGUAUAUGCAGAACUCUGAGGUGUUCCAGGACCUAUUCACUGAACUAAAGCGCUAUUACACGGGGGGCAACGUCAACCUGGAGGAGAUGUUGAAUGACUUCUGGUCCAGGCUGCUGGAGCGCAUGUUCCAGUUGCUUAACUCCCAGUAUCACUUCACAGACGACUACCUGGAGUGUGUCACCAAAUACACAGAUCAGCUAAAGCCCUUUGGAGAUGUUCCCAGGAAACUAAAGGCUCAGGUCACCAGAGCAUUCAUUGCUGCACGGACAUUUGUCCAAGGGCUAAUGGUGGGUCGCGAAGUUGCCAACAGGGUCGCCAAGGUGAACGUAGUGCCAGCUUGCGUCAAAGCCUUGACCCAGAUGCUGUACUGUCCGUACUGUCGUGGCAUGCCUGAGCUGAAGCCCUGUCACAAUUACUGUUACAAUGUUAUGAGGGGCUGUCUCGCAAACCAGGAGGAUCUGGAUGCAGAGUGGAACCUGUUCAUUGAUGCCAUGUUGCUGGUAGCAGACAGACUGGUCGGUCCUUCCGAUAUUGAAGCGGUUAUAGUUCCUAUUGAUAUUAAGAUCUCUGAGGCUAUCAUGACGAUGCAAGACAACAGCAUGCAAGUGUCAGCAAAGGUUUUUCAAGGAUGUGGUCAACCAAAGGUUUCAGCAAUAGGCAGGUCUGCACGGGGCAUCUCUGAUGUAUUCAAUAGUCGCUUCAGACCCUUUACCCCCGAACAGAGACCUACCACAGCAGCUGGUACAAGCCUGGAUAGACUGAGGGCUGUCUGGAAGACAAUGCAACACAGUGUGAUUGACAUCAAAGAGAAGUUAAAGGAAUCCAAGAGGUUCUGGUCCAAAUUACCAGAUGACAUCUGUGCCGAAGGCAAACUGACAGAGUCUGACGAGGAACAGUGCUGGAACAGCCACACAAAGGGCAGAUAUUUCCCUGAAGUGGUAAAGGGAGGUCUUACCAACCAGGUGGACAAUCCAGAAGUGGUUUUGGACAUCACCCGACCGGACACACUGAUUCGGCAGCAGAUCAUGACUCUACGAGUCAUGACCAACAAGCUAAAGAAUGCCUACAAUGGAAAUGACAUCUCCUUUCAGGACUCCAGUGACGAGGGCAGUAGCUCUGGAAGUGGCAGCGGCUGCUCUGACGGCUGCACGACAGAGUUUGUUUUCGUAGCAACAGAAGCUCCAGUGAUCGGAGCAGACAGAAGCGACGAACGGGCUGCAGCUGCUGCUGGGGGCAAGUCUCUCUCCUGUGGACCCUCCAUCGUGCUGGUGAUGGCUGCCCUCACACUCCCACUAUGGGCAGCACAGACUCAAUGGAGAUAAUACAGUGUGGCCUGAUCAUUGACUCUUAUGCUGUUAAUUAACAGUAUGUUUCGCAGCAAGUUAUACUGCUGUUCCCUCACUGGACAUGUAGAACCUCCCGGAAACAUGUCGAGAAUGGCUGACUGUAUGGUGUGGUAGGGUUGGAAGUGAGUGCAGUGCAGAAUCCUGCUUGUCCCCCAAAGAAUGCUCGGUGCCAUCAGUGAACCAGCUUUUAUCGUCUCUGAAAAAAUGAAAAUGUGGUGUUUUCUCAUCAUUCUAAAGUGAGCUUCGAAAAUCAUGCUUCUCCUUUAGGAAACAAAACUAUCUUAUGGUGGUUCUAUCAGUGAAUUUUCAGAUAAAAGGAAAACCUUUAUUUCUUUUCCUUUGUGUGAUGAAGUGAAAAGAAGAAAACACAGUUUUUAUCCUAUUAGUUCUCUUUCCCUCAGACAAAGUCCGAAAGAUGUUACAUGUGCAUGCAUGGGUGUGAUGUAAACAGACUAAACAUUGUUUCGUUCGGCUUUUCAUAAUUUAUUCCGAUUUGAUUUGAUUGGAUGUUUCCAUGCUCCAUAGUUUUAGAUUUGGUUGCACAGGUCCAUACAGCCCGAACAGUUCACUCGGUUUCCUCUUUGGUCGUAUCAUUGUGGCUUAAGGAAGCAGCAGGUCUUAUGGCCACUUUGUUGUUGCACAUUGAUUAUCUCAACAAAAGUGCUAAAUUCCUGCACUAAGGGUACUACUUUGCACAGAUUAUUUUUGUCAGCUUGCUUAUAAAGCUGCAAGAGGCACUCAUCAUAUAGAGAAAAAAAAAAGAUUUAUAUUUUCAGAUCACUUAAACUGAUUGUAUUGUUCUUUAAGUGGUUACAGUAUGUAGUUAACAGGAUUGUACUCUAACGUAAUCUUACUGGCUUAGGUCAAAGCUACGUCUUUAUACAGAUUCCAUAUGUAUUUUGUUUUAUUUUUAUGUUACAACUAUAUUUCAGCAACGAUAUCAAGCCAUUAUACUACAAAUGCCUGCUAAGAUUGUUAAGCUACCUGAUUUACUCUCUUUUGUUUGAGUCAAUAACAUGCACUUACUCAUUUCAUUUAACCCUCAGAAUAAUGGAAACAGGGGUAAAGAUAGAUAUAUGGCAACGAGACGUUAAUUAGAUUUAUUUCCAUGGAUUCGACCUGAAAUUAGCCUGUUUUUGUUUGACCAGCAAGAGCAAACCAAGCAUCUGUACAACCUUGCCGUUUUUUUUCAAGUGGUCAUGUACUUUAACAUGGCAUGCAUGUCACCUCUAAAAGUACGGGGCUGUCAAGGUUAGAGGGCUCUGAGAACUCAAAGAAUUGGGGUUACUAUUCAUACCCUUCAGUCUGUCUCCUGCAGGCUCCGACCUUUAACAGGCUGUAGAGGCUUAGUGUGCAAAGCAAAUAACCUGUGCUCCAGAAAUGCAGCACAUGAGACCCCCGGUCAUACAGAAAAGGUUAGCCUUAGAAAGUUUUGCCGGUCUGCCGCUGAAAUUAACAAUGGACGAACUGUUCAAAAAAUAUUGCACAAAAGAUGAAAAACGCCAUGUUUUUUUUUUCAACUCUCACGCGUGCUUCUGCAGGAUCCAAAACCAGCCAGGUCAUGAACACUUAAACUGUUUCCACAUUACAAAUGUCCCUUAUCACAGCUGGGACCUCUAAAAUGCAUCACUGUAAUGAAUUAACAGCUGCUCUGAGUAUCUCACAGAGGGCAUGUUUAUCCCGUAGCAUAAGAAGACGAGAAUGGGACAAACAAGUUUUCCCCUCAACCCAAGGCAGCACAGGGUGAGAAUAAAAAAAAAAAAAGUCACCAAGCAUAAAGUUUACGCCAGCAUCACAGCUGAUUUCACAUAGAGCACCAGAAGGGAAAUCUGUCCUCAGUGUGCUCAUGUGACGCACAGCCGAGAGCCACAGGAAGCUCCCACUACACAACAGCUGACCUCCAUAACCUUUCUCCUUGCAGAAAUCUAUUUAGGAGAAGGUGACUGAACAGCACCCUCCCACCCAAACCAGCAUUGCAUGAUUAAAGCACCGACGUGUAAACCUUAAUUGUAGGAUGCAACAGGUCAGGGCCUGAGGAAAGACGAUACAGUGAUUAAAAUACAGUUUUCCCCAAUGUCAAACUGUCCAAAAGUGAGUCAGCGCAAGGAAAGUUACAAAUCCUACUCCUGUUCUACUGUUACGGAAUAUUUUAUUUGGAGGGGAAAAAUUAUCAAAAAAAGCAAAAAUUGCCAUAAUACCAUACCAUAAAAAAAUGUAAUUGUUUAGUUAAUAAUAAUUUGGGAAGUUAUGUAAAGAUUGCAACGCUAUGAAAUAUGAAGAAUUAAAAGGGACAGGGUUUUUACACAUAUACAGUACUCCACACCCUGCUCUCUAUUGUAAACAGUGUGAGGCCUAUUUCCUUUGUUUGUAUACAUGUACCUUCCUGCAUUUUCAGGCGUGUAACACAUUCCAAAAAGUUGGGGCAAUUUAGUUAGUUUUUUUUUGUUUUUUUAUUUAGCUUUGUUUUGUAUUGAUUAUUAUUAUAUUAUCUUAGUUCUGUAAAUAGGCUGGAUUUCUUUCCCCAUUGUUAAACCUUAAUAUUACAUCUUAUUUUUAACAAGGGUAUGCCAUAUUAUCAAUAAUUUGGCAAUAUUUGCUUGGGUAUUUACUUUUCAUUAUUGCCGUUUCUUUAGAACUAACUUUAGAUUUGACUAGCUUGUUCUUUUUUCUUCUUUUUUAUUACUACUAAUUGUGUGUAACUAUGUCUGUUUGCCACUGUCACACCUGAAUUUCCCCAUUGUGGGACAGUGAAGGAAUUUAUUUUCUUAUCUUUCUUCAGAGAAAGGAUGCACCCAGCUUUGGGGCUGUAAUGUAGGCAAAGGAAAGUCAAUCUACAUGUUUAAAUGUGAAAAAAAAGUUUCACAGUUUUGCAAAAUGAAAACAAGGCUAGAAAGAGUAUGAGAAGCAAAGGUAACGCCAUUUGCAGAAUAUGGGUAGCUGCACUUCCAAUAUCUCAGGUUUCCAUGGCUAAGACAAGUAGAAAACCGCUUUGCUUUAAGUGCUAAGUCACAUUCUGCAGACACGACUAAAAAGCCAUGGCUGCAGGACAAGAGCCUGUGGUGUGGGUGCUGCAGUCCAGACUUGUACCGGACAGGGAAUGUGAGGAGAAUGUAUUGAUUGAAGCGGCAAGAUAACACCGGAUAUGCUUUUUAAGGAAUAGGAUAAAAUCCUCACCUGUCAGAAUGUGUUACGAAGCCUAAAAUGCAGGAUGGAUUUCAUUGUAUUAACAAAUAAUAAAACAGCCUUCCAUACCAUUCCACAAUCCUAACAUUUUACUAAGAGAAAUACAUGCAGAAGCAUGUGACUCAAACAUUAAUUCCCAUAAAUACAAGCACCGUAUUUAAUGAAUUUAAAGAUUUUUGACCUGGAUCAAAGUCCCAAAUAAAGUGGGCAAAAGCCAAAAUGAAUUCACACAGUGGUUUGUGGAGAUCUUUUGGUUUGAAAGACACCAAUUAGUGAGAUCUGGUUAUGUACUGCAGAAACUAUCACACUUUGGGCAGCACACAGCUUGUAAAUCACAAGGUAUCUCCACCUUGUGGGUUUGUGUUUUCUCAUCUAUUUUUGUUUCCAAAGAACUCUGUGAGUUAUAAAAUUUGCAAAAGGCUGUGUUGAAGAGAACAUGAAACUAGGAACUAAGACUGAUUACUGAGAAAACCAACGAUUUAAGAGGUGACAUCCUUUCAUUUAUUUUUAAUACGCUCACUCCAGCAAGUCAUUACAUGGGGUGCGGGUUUGAUAAAUGUUGGUAGUUUCACUUUGUAAAUCUGCAGGCCGCCUCGCUCUCUUUUUAAAGUCUGAUAAAUAUUCUGCUUCCAUUUUAAAUCCUGCUUUAUUUUUCUACUAAUGAGUGUUGUUGGGGCAACAGAGUUUUACAUUAUUUCUAUUUGCAUGUUCUAAUAUUGACAUAUGGAAGUGUUGCAAAAAAAAAAAUCUAUUUUUUGCAUAUUUCCUAUAGACUUCCUUAAAAUUUCACUACUUUUGGAUAGCCAGUGACUAUUUGGGUUGUUUGUGCAUCAGACACAGAUUAGUGGUAGUUUGAAGCUUUUAAUGAUGCAGAGGAGUGGUAGUCUUAAACACUUUCCAACCCAUAUAUUAAUGUCUUAAUUUAAAAGCUCUCGUGCGACUAAAAAGAGGACAUGCAUGGGGGACAAGACGCAUCCACAUCUGCUCCGCCAAUGUUACUGGAGCAUGAGGUAGAGGAGGCCACCUUCAGCUCCUUGCUCUUGUUACUCCUGUACAAUAUCUGCUGGGUCAGCGAAUCCAGUCUGAUUGACUGAACAUUUCAUGGAAAUUUCAGCGAAGAGUACAGCGGGUGACCGAGCGAGCCCCUUUCAAUGUCAGAGCCUGGAAGCUUUACACGUAAACACAGCUGACCCACCUCUGAAAAUUUAAAAUAGCUUCUGUGCAGAAGUUGGUGGCUAUAAUUGCACUCCACUUUGAUGAGGAAUGAGGUCCCAACACCCAGCUGUGUUUUUGGCAUUGGUAAAAGCAAACUAUCUGAACGUCUUUAUAAGGAAAACACAGCUGACGGUAUUUCAUUUUAUCAGAGUGAUGAGAAACAUUCAUUGGAAAGUCUUAAUAGCUGAAAGUUGAGUCCGCUGUGGUGUUAAGUAUUCUCAUUAACCUGACUGUAAAGGGAACAUCUUUGUUUGUUGUGAAACAGCCGAUUUAACCGUUUGACUUAGCUAAUGGGCAGGCUUGUUAUUUUUAUUAUAUAAACAAAAAAAUCUCUAAUUUACCAUGAUUUUUUUAUUAUUUAGCAGUGUUCCUAAAGGGGAGAUUCAAGCAGGCAGAAACUGCACUGGGUUCAGAUGAAUCCAUUACUUUGAUGACUUUAUGCUUGGCAAAUGAAUCACACAUUAAUUUGUGCAAUUUACAGCAUAACACGAUCUGUGAAAAGUGAAAGACAAAUUCAGUUUUAAAGUAUUAAGAAAAGAUAGCUGAGGCAGGUCAGGCCCUGAAGUGCCACAGGACAAUCAGUGAAGUCUUCAUAAGGCAAAGUCAGCAGAUUGGCAUCAGAUAGUAGCGUUUCUGGUUUGAGGCUCAUCGGUGAGCCUUAACCAGUGUGUUUUCUCACAGCAUAGAAACACAGUAAGCAUCUGCAGCCACACAAAGGUUGAAGGCACCUAUUAGAGCCUCUGCUAGAGCUGUGAUUGCAUCAGAGCUGUGGAUGAGGGAGGAUAAUGCAGGGCUUCGCUGGUGUUGCUGAAAACACAGCAGUGAAAGUGAACUGAUAACAGAAUUUCUCAGAGCUUGGUCCUGUUUUUUUGCUUUUUUUUUUUUUU